UUGAUAGUUUUUGCAAACGUCAAGGUGAGAAUUAUCAUUUUUAAAGGUGGUUAAACAGUUAUUUCAAUUGAAACUUUUUUGUGAAAAAUAUUUGAAUGAUGAAAACCAGUAAAAAAAAUUCCGAAAAUUAAUAAUACAUUUCGAAUUUUGCCUCCAGCGGAUUUGUGUGUGCAAACACUGCAACGCACUUUUGCGUACAGUAGCAUUUUAACAUCAAUAUUCCAUUUCUAUCUUUUGAUUUCCAGGUUACUGUGAUCCAUUUUUGUGUCACAAAAAUCAAUCAAUAUUCAAAUACACAAGAACCAAAAAUGACAAAACCAACAUGUGCGCUCUAGCUCACACACACACACUUUUUUUCUAGAAGAAUUCUUCUCUGUGUGCAAACAAUUCCAAAGUUCCCAUCGGCUGAGCGAAUUCGAAAAUUAUUAUUUUAUUUUUCCACUUUUGCUAGACUCGAAAUUUUUUCUUGAUUUUCAUGAAUUUCGAUUACUUGAAAUAAAAAAUCAUUUUCUGCUCAUUUCUAGGUGCUCUUGUGUCUUUAACUCGCAGAAAAUUUCGGGUCGAAAUUUUUCUUAUCAUUUUUUUGGGAAUUGUGAAUUUAGUUUUCCGAAUUUUUUAAAAAUAUAUUAAAGAAAAUCUAUAGAAAAAUUAUCAUUUUUCAAUAACAUGUGAUAAUGUUUUUCUAAUUGACAUCAAUUACUUUCUAAUUCAGACACCAAUUACAUCACUCUGUAAUCAAUGUAAAUAAUGAAACACGAUAAAAAUCUUUAAAAUUUUAAAAAAUGACUAAUGAGGAUGACAAAGUUUUCUUAUCACUAAAAAGUGUGGAUGUUUCUUCCGGAAAACUUUUCUGAGAAUCUUUAAAAAAUCUUCGGGACUUUUUAGAUGAAAGUAAGUAUAAUUGUUUUUGCAGAUAAUUGAACAUCAUUCCAAUAUGAGAGUAUUUUCCGAGGUUACGGAUUUUCAAAUUGAUUUUCACGAGAUCGAAUCAGGCAAGUUGAUCGUUUUUUUCAUUAUAUUGUGGCCCCAUUUCUUCAGCAAAAAAUUUUUGCAGAAACACUGUAUCCAAACGGUUUACCAUCUCCACCAGGUUACAUUUUAUUUAACAAUCCUAAAAUUGAAAUUUUUCAAUUAAAUUUUUUUUUGCAGACGAAUAUCAUGUUCCUCAUAAUUCUGUCGCCAAUUCUACACGUGAGUUGUGAUUUUCAAUAGAGCGCUUAGCAUUUGAGAACAUUUUUAUGUUUACAGAAAAAGAUUACCAAGAUUUUUCACCACUUUUGAUGCGUAAGUUUUUAGAAACAAAUUUUUAGAUUCAGAAAAAAUUUUUUUUCAGCGCUUGAUGGAAAUUUUGAAGUUUCAAGUUGGAGUCAAACUCAUAUCGAUCAGACUGAAAAUCAUCAAUAUUUUCAAAAUGAUUCGAAUCGUAAGUUUUCACUGAAAGUCUGAUUUUUUCAACCUAAAAGUCCCUGGUAAAUUUACCGUUUCAAUAGAGCGCAUUUGCAUCUUUCCAAUUGUUCUUUUUACAGAAUUUCAAACAACUGAAAGUCCAACAACAACUCAACAAUAUCCAAAUGAGCUGAUUCAUUCAAAUCAACGUGAGUUCAUAUUUUGAAAUUUAUCAGAAAACACACAGUUUUCAAUAGAGCGCGUUUGCAUUUAAAUUUUUUUUUCAAGUUCUUUUUUUCAGAAUUUCAAGGUCAGCAUUUUCCGGCAUCAACUCAACAAACCGGUUUUGGUUAUCAAUAUUUACCACGUGGGUUUUUGUCGCAAAAAUGAAUUUUUCAAUUUUUUGUUUUUUUUUUAGCUCAACAACAAUAUCCAAAUCACCCGACAAAUCCAACUCAACGUGAGCUCAUUUUUUUUUGAAAAAUACCUGGAAAAAAUACAGUGUUCCAUAGAGCGCGUUUGAAUGUUUAAUUUUUUUUUUAGAAAUUCAACCCACUGAAAGUCAGCUUUUUCCAACAACAACUCAAACCGGUUUUGGUACCCAAUAUUUGUCACGUGAGUUUAUCUAGUUUUUGGCGCCAAAAAAUCAAGAUUGACAUUUUCAGCCCUGCAAACACAUUCAACAAUUGAGAACGAUUAUAAUGGACAUCGUGAGUUUGCAAAGGAGCGAAUGUGAAUUAUUUUGUUUCAAUUAUGUUUCAGAAUAUCAACCAAAUGGAUAUCAAAUUUACAACAAUCAGCAAGAUGUUUCUCCGUAUUUUGAAGGAAAUUCACGUAAGAAAAAGGGCUCGGACAGUUAUUUUGGACCACCCACGAAACCUCUGACUAUUUCAAUAAUUCAGUUUUUUUUUAGAAUUUCACGGAUCUCAAAAUUUCUCCUACCAAAAUGAUGCCAAUUAUCAUGCGCCACCUGGUAAGCUGAUUCUAUUUGCCACCUGGAUUUUUGUAGAUCAAUAAUUUUUUCAGUCAUUCAACAAGAUAUCCAAUAUGAUAAUAAUUUGUUUGUUGGUGAGUUUUUUAUUUAAAAACAAUUUAUAAUUAUCUAGAAUUUUUUGAAGAUUCGUCAGAAGAUGAACCAAGCCUCAACACAAUUGAAGAAACUCCAAAGAUCAUGAGAACUCGAGCAAAAAAAUCUGAAAUAGAAAUAAUGAGCAAAGAAGAGAGAGAAAUGAGAAGAAGGGAUCAAAAUAACAGCAAUUCAAAGAAGAGUUAUGAUAAGAAGAAAAUUGAGCUUCAGAAUUUGAAGAAUCUAUUCGAGAAAAAUAAGGAAAAGGUGGAGAAAUCGAAACAACGCUGUGGGGAUACGGUGAGGCUUUUUGAAUUUUGAAAUGCAAAAAAAACGGGAUAUAAUUGUAAAUUUAACAAAUUUUGCAGAUUGCAGACAUUAAUAAUGUCAAUGACUUUAUCAUAAAUUAUCAACCCACAAGCAAUCAACGCGAAUAUUUCAAUCCGCAGAAUGUUUUUGAACUUCAAUAUCAAAUCCAAGUUAUUGAAACUGAGAAGGAGGAUAAUCUCAUGGAAAUCAAGAAUAAUCAAAGUGUUCGAGAACUUGAGAAAAACUUCAAAACUGCUGUUGAGAAUUAUAAAUCUGCUGACGGAGAUGAAGAGUUAAAAAAUACAAAUCGAGGAACUUAUGGAACAAACAAAAAUCGAGCACAAUGGAAAAAAGAUAUGGCUGAGAUGAAAUUGAAAUUGGAGAAAAAUGAGUUGGAAAAUGACGUUUACAAGAAUUUUAAAAUGAAAAUCGAGAAUAUUAAGGGUUGGGUAAGCGAUUUGUCCAAAUUUUGAUUGUAGCAAAAUAUAAUUGUUUUCAGUACAAAGAAGAAUUCUCAACCUAUAUUCUAUCACAAAAAAUUAGUCUUGAUGAGAAGCAUCAAAUGAAUAAGAAGAAUUUAAAGCAAUUCGAAAAAAUUCAGGAAUUUUUCGAACUGCAAGAUCCGCUAUCCUACAACGAAUCUGCCAUUCUACAACAAAAAUAA